AUGGUUCCUUAUCACAUCUGCAAGUACAAGGAGAGCGACCGGAAACAAGUGCUGGACUUAUUCUCUGGGGGCAUGGAGGAGCACAUCCCACCACCUUCCACUGAAUCAUGGCUCCUGCCCAUCAGAUGCACCUUCAUCCUGCUCCUUUUCCUGUGGUUCAUUGCUGGAUACCCCUGGAGGCAGUAUGUGGUUAUGAGUUCACACAUAGACUUUGCUGACAUCACUAAAUCCUACCUGAGCUCCCAAGACUCCUGUUUCUGCUUGGCUGAGUGUGGGGGCCAGGUAAUGGAAAUAAUGAGUGCAGUGACCAUCAAGAAUCCUCAGCUGGGAAGGAAGCAGUUGAAGCUCUCUUGUAUGUCUGUGGCCUUGGAGCACCAAGGAAAGGGAAUAGCUAAAGCUCUGAUCAAGACUAUCUUCCAGUUUGCCCAGGACCAGGGCUGCAGUGAAGUUGUCCUUGAUAACACACUGUUGCUAUAUAAGUCCCUGGUUCUCUAA